GGUGCUGCCACUUAGAGCGGAAUUUUGUUCGCACCAAACGCAAAUUGCAGCGGAUUAUUGUGUUUAUCAAAAUAUAAUAAAUAAAUAUGUCGGAAACAAGCUCAAAAGAAAACGUGAAGACCGCAAUGACCUAUAUCUGUGGUGAGUGCCACCACGAAAAUGAAAUGCGUCCACGUGAUCCCAUACGUUGCCGUGAGUGUGGCUACCGCAUCAUGUACAAAAAGCGCACCAAGCGUCUUGUUGUGUUUGAUGCCCGCUAAGCUAUACUUGAACGAUCUAUUUAGGAGCAGCAACUACUGUAGUCUUUAGCUUGUAAUUGGAUAUACAUAACUAUAGGACCAUUGGAAAACUACAAAUGUCUUUUUUCUGUAUUGGAAAGCGAAUCAAUAAACUUGAUGCAGCCGAAAAUACGAACAUUAUAAAACAUA